CUCGUGGACCCUAAGAGCCUAGAAAAGCUCGAGUCUAUAGGCGGCGUGGACGGUCUCCUCAGGGGCCUAGGCACCCAUAGAACCAAAGGCCUUCCUCAUGGCAAAGGCGCACCCGCUUCGCCCGACAUCGCUGUGACGUCACCGGGUGACGACGACGCUCACCACUCUGAGACCGGCGACCGAAACAAUACCUGGGACGGAGGAGGGGCGGCCGCGGCCGCCGCGUCCAUGGAGGACCGCCGCCGCGUCUACGGUGCGAACACCCUGCCCAGCCACAAGACGAAGUCGCUGCUCGCCCUAGCAUGGGCGGCGCUGCAAGACAAAGUCUUGAUUAUAUUAUCCAUCGCGGCUGUCGUAUCGCUCGCUCUGGGCCUUUUCCAAGACUUCGGCACACCACGAGACCCAGACGACCCUCCGGUCGACUGGGUGGAAGGUGUUGCCAUCAUGGUCGCAAUCGUCAUCGUCGUCAUGGUCGGAUCCGUCAACGAUUGGCAGAAGGAACGGCAAUUCAAGGUCCUCAAUGAGAAGAAGGAGGAACGCAACGUACUUCUCAUUCGCGGCGGCGAGGAACGCCUGGUGGACAUCAAGGACGUCGUUGUCGGCGAUAUUGCUGUACUGGAACCGGGCGAAAUUGUCCCCGUUGACGGCGUUUUCCUUACCGGUCACAACGUCAGGUGCGAUGAAUCCGGAGCGACCGGCGAGUCCGAUGCCAUCAAGAAAAUUACGUAUGAGGAAUGUAUCGCUGCCCGUGACCGCGUUAGGGAUAUCAAAUCAUCGGAUGGCCAUCAUGUGGAUGAACACGCUCACACCGACUGCUUCCUGGUCAGCGGUAGCAAGGUUCUCGAAGGCUAUGGGCAAUACGUGGUUAUUGCCGUAGGCCCGAAGAGCUUCAACGGGCGCAUCUUGAUGGGUUUGCAGGGUGCCGCGGAGUCGACUCCAUUGCAGUUGAAACUGAACGAUCUCGCGGAACUUAUCGCCAAGCUCGGCAGCGCUGCGGGUCUUAUCUUGUUCACGGCGCUCAUGAUCCGCUUCUUCGUGCAGCUUGGGCAGGGUGAGCCCGACAGGACAGCCAGCCAGAAGGGUCUCGCUUUCGUUCAGAUCCUGAUUAUCUCCGUAACUUUGGUCGUCGUCGCUGUGCCGGAAGGGCUGCCUCUCGCCGUCACGCUCGCGCUUGCGUUUGCGACCAAGCGCAUGACCCAGGAGAACCUUCUCGUCCGUAUCCUCGGUUCUUGCGAGACCAUGGCGAACGCUUCCGUAGUCUGCACCGAUAAGACCGGAACUCUCACGCAGAACGUUAUGACGGUCGUCGCAGGCUCCGUCGGUAUUCACGCCAAGUUCGUUCGUCAUCUGGAGGAGAAUGAGGCUCGGACCAAUGCUAACGAAGAGAGGGGCGGCGCCGCCGAUCGGCGCCAUUCCGAGGAUUUCUCGCUCGAUCUGGCGGACCUCAACAAGGUACUUUCACCUCAGCUCCGCGACUUGUUCAAUGCGGCGAUUGCCGUCAACUCGACGGCGUUCGAGGACGAGGCCGACGAGACGGGCGAGAAGGUCUUCGUUGGGAGUAAAACCGAGACGGCGCUGCUAAAGAUGGCGAAGGAGCUUGGCUGGGCGGACUACCGCAAGACUAGGGAGAGCGCGGACAUCAUCCAGAUGAUCCCUUUCUCCUCUUCGCGGAAGGCUAUGGGCGUCGUCGUUAAGCUCGGCAAUGGCCGCUGGCGCCUGUACAUGAAGGGUGCCAGCGAAAUCCUGACGAAGAGGUGCUCCAGCCACGUCGUCGUCAGCAAAGAAGGUGGAUCGGGUUCCAGCGGAGAGGUUCCUGUUCAGGAUAUUGGAACGGUUGAGCGGGAGAACAUUGAUCGGACCAUCAUCUUCUACGCGAACCAGAUGCUGCGGACGAUUGCGGUGUGCUACCGGGACUUCGCUGCCUGGCCGCCUCCGGGUGCUCAUUACGAGAGCGAGGACGAGGUCGAUUACGAGGACCUUGCUCGGGACAUGACCCUCAUCGGCAUCACCGGCUUGGAAGAUCCUCUCCGUCCUGGCGUCCGCGAAGCCGUAGCGACGUGUCACCGCGCCGGAGUCCGCAUCAAGAUGUGCACGGGCGACAACGUACUCACGGCUCGUUCCAUCGCUCUGCAAUGUGGUAUCUACACCGCUGGCGGCAUCAUCAUGGAGGGCCCUGUCUUCCGCGAGCUGGACGAUCAUGACAUGCUCGAGGUCGUUCCACGUCUCCAGGUCCUGGCCCGUUCGUCGCCCGAGGACAAGAAGCUUCUCGUCAACAAGCUCCGGGAGCUCGGGGAAAUCGUUGGCGUCACCGGCGAUGGGACGAACGACGGACCGGCGCUGAAGACUGCUGACGUCGGCUUUUCCAUGGGUAUCGCGGGUACGGAGGUGGCCAAGGAGGCGUCGGACAUUAUCGUUAUGGAUGACAACUUCGCCUCGAUCGUCAAAGCCAUCAUGUGGGGUCGCUGCGUUAACGACGCGGUGCGCAAGUUCCUCCAGUUCCAGAUCGCGGUGAACAUCACGGCUGUCAUUGUCACGUUCGUUUCGGCCGUUGCUUCCAACGAGGAGGAGUCUGUACUGUCCGCCGUGCAAUUGCUCUGGAUCAAUAUCAUCAUGGACACGUUCGCGGCCUUGGCUUUGGCGACGGAUCCGGCCUCGGAGUCUCUUCUCAAUCGCCAGCCCGACAAGAAGACGGCGCCGCUGUUCUCUGUCGACAUGUACAAACAGAUUCUUGGCCAAUCGGCGUAUCAAACGACCAUCAUCCUCAUUUUCCAUUUCCUUGGUUUCAAGAUCCUGGGCUUCCAGCAUUCCAGCGUCACGAAGACCGAGAAUCACCAUGACGCCAUCGUGCAGACUAUGGUUUUCAACGCCUUCGUCUUCGCGCAGAUUUUCAACUCCAUCAACUCGCGUCGCCUCGACAACCACUUGAACAUCUUCGAGGGCAUCACAAGGAAUUGGUACUUUAUGUCUAUUACCUUAAUCGAGGUUGCGGUUCAAAUUAUCAUCGUCUUCGUGGGCGGCUCGGCAUUCCAGGUCACGCGCAUCGGCGGACUCGAGUGGGGUAUCUCCAUCGCGCUCGGAUUCGUCUCUAUACCACUCGGCGCGCUCCUUCGCAUGAUCCCCAACGCUCCCGUUGAGAAACUAUUACGGACAGUGCGUCUGCUCCCGAACCCUGAGGUGCUCCCCACGCGGGCCCCCGAGGGCGAAUGGAACUCGGCGAUUCAACUAGUCCGCGACAACCUAAAUACCUUUGCGAAUGUUCGGGGAGGUCGUCUCCGCUCAUCGUCGUUCGCCAUGAAGAGCCGCAAGUCUCAAAUCAAUGAUGAACAGCGACCAACUAUAUCAUCACUCAUGACCAUGGUACCUACCCUGGUUGCGACGACCGUCGGCGCUGGAUGGGCACCACAAAAGGGUUCGUUAUCGGACCCCGCGCAUUCCGAUCCAUCGAAGUCCACCGCUGCUCUCUGGGAGGACAAGAUUCAGGUUCAUCCAGACACGAAACAGGAUGAUUACGCAUACCAGCGAUGGGGCCGCCGGGGCUCCGCACCGCGAUGAUCACUUACACCUGUGUAUACACGACGACGCUCAACAUUACAUAGAUUAUUCACACCUUCCUGGAACUUACGAGAGAGGCUCAGGCGAGGGGCUGGCGUUCAAGAUUUGACUGGACGCUGCGCGUACGCACAUUGCAAAGAGCUAGCAUACAUCCUGGACGUACUAAGAUACCACGCACACUCAUGCCACGAUCCGUAAUGCAUUUCAUCUAGAUCACCACGCACCGCCGCAUAGGCAGACGUUUCUGUAGCAUAUCUGAAUCCAAUCAGAAUACCCUGAUUUUGGC